AUGUAUGAGACGGUUUAUGAACGCUCCGCAGCGGCUCAGAGGCACCUCCUCCUUCCUCCUCCUUCUCUGGUUCGCUUGUGCCUGCUCCCUGCCGAAGCCUCAGACCUCACACUGGGAAUGACACGGCGGCCCACUGCGUCCCUUGUUCAGCUCACCUCAUGUUCCAAAGCUGGCUACGGCAAAUAUGAUCGCUCACUCCGCCGCAACCUGUUCACCUGA